CCAACUUCUUUAUUAGACUCUCACAGUGUCAUUUUCUCAAAGGGAACAGAGACGAAAGAGACUUAUCAUUCUCCUCAUACCUUUUGCCACCUCUAUCUCUCUCUAUUUCUCUCUCUAAGCCUUUGCAACUGAUUUUCUCCUCUCACCAAGAACAAACAUUCAUUAAGGAAGAAAAAAAAACUUUCUGAAUUAAAUAAAGAUUACACCCACCUCCCCUUUCCCCAAAAUUCAUCAAUAUUAUCGCUGAUUCAUUCCCAAUUCUCUCUUAUGGAGCUUUUCCCUUCACAACCUGACUUGUACUUGAAGAUAAACAGAAGAAGAGAAGAACAAGAAGAAGAAGAUUAUAAGGAACAAGAAGAAGUCCAAAGGAGAUUACUCUUUGGUAGUAAAGCCUCAGAUUCAGACAGAAAGGCUUCUGAUCAUCUCAUCCACACCCUCCAAUUCACAUCAAACAAUGAACCCACCAAGAUUGAUCAUAAUCAAGAACACAUGGAAUCUCUAGAUCAAGAUUUGAGAUCGAAUUUUAUGGUGAGACCAAUAAGAGGAAUCCCUCUUCACCAAAAUCAAAUCCUUGACCACUACUACUAUUCUCCCACUCCUCCUUUUUUCUUCAGUGAAGUCAACGGUCAACACACAAACCCUAGUUAUAGUUAUAAUCUUCACCACCGUCAUCAUCGUCAAGCUCAGCCGCAGGCGCAAAGAUUAACGGCAAAACGAGGAGUAAGGGCUCCGAGGAUGCGGUGGACGACGACCCUCCAUGCCCAUUUCGUUCAUGCUGUUCAAUUAUUGGGUGGUCAUGAAAGAGCCACUCCAAAAUCAGUACUUGAGUUGAUGGAUGUUCAAGAUCUCACAUUGGCUCAUGUUAAAUCUCAUCUACAGAUGUAUCGGACCAUCAAAUCUACUGAGAAGCCUACAACAUCAUCAGAUAUAGGGCAAUCAGAUACUUGCGAGAAUGAAUUAAAAGUAAACAGUGAAAGACAAGCCAGAGAUCUCCAAGGUCUGUGGACUAACUCCUCAAGUGAAGCUCGGUUCCACUUAAAGGCAAAGGCAUCAGGUCUAGACAUGUCAUCAAAUAAGAAUGUGGAUCAAAGAUGUCCAAGCUACGAACGAUUGUCGUCGGAUUCGUCAAGUCUCACAGGGACAAGACCAGAGAUUGAAACUCCCAAUCUCGAGUUCACUUUAGCUAUACCAAACCUUCCUCCCUAGUUUACUAUAUAUACGACAAAAACAAAAAAAAACUGUUAAAAUAUACAAAUUUAAACUUUAAAGUUAUGCUUGCGUUGUGGAAAAAAUAUGAAAUGAUGUUUGCUUCUCCGACUAGAUAUUUGUUAUUUUUUUCCUGUAAACUUUAGAAGCCUUUUUGUUUACGGGGUCGUUAAUUUGAGAUGCUUAUAUAGAUAUGCAGACUUCUUCUU